ACGACACAUAGAUUCCGCCGUCCUCUCCGUCGUGCGCACAGAGUUGAUCGACGAUGAUUGAUCUAUGCUCUCAAAGCGUAAACGUGCGCUAGAGUGCUCGAUCUCCGGCCCUUCAUUGACCAGCAGGCGCCCUUUCGACACGUCUGGUGACCCCAGGCAUUCAAAGUGGGAAGCGAACACGACCUUCUUAACGUACUACCUUUCUAUAUCCGCUCUCACGAUCAUCCCUGUCGUCAUCACUCGUCAUCUCAUCCGCUCCCGUGUAUCCGGCGCGGCGGCGCGGGUGCAGGAUAUCUGGGAUGGAUAAAUAGCCGGUAUGCCCAUCGUGCCUCUCAAAACGCGUACCUGCUCUAGACAAGAUACUGGUCAAAGCAUACGAUAUGGAUCGUUGCCCGGACGAAGUUCUCUACAUCAUCUUCACCCUCGCCUGUUCCGACGACGGAGCGACGGGCCGCGCGCUCUCACUGCUCUCGCACCGCAUUCGCAACGUAUCUUUCCCCGUUCGAUACCGCUCCGUCGCAGUCUUCGGAGUAGCGCAGAUCAAGGCGUUCACAGCGAUCCUUUCUAAUCGCCCCGUUGAUCCCGCGCUCGGAGAGCAAGGCGUCUUCCGCUCGGUUCAUGCAUUACCUAGGGUGGAGCACUUGCUGGUAUCGAGCUCUAAGCCGACACAGGAUGUCGCGGAUGAUGAUGAUGAAGCGGCCCCGAGCAACCUCAACGAUGAGACCCUAAUCGAUGAUCUAGUUGACCAUCCCGAUGAGGAAGCCAAGGAGCUUGCACUUGAAACUUGGAGCCAAGACGCCAAAGCAGCCCUUUCGGGCCUCCUGGCAAUCAUCGCGCCCUCCCUACGCACGCUCUUCACCAACGCCAGUUGGGACGCCGUCGCCGACUCUCCAGCCCCCUUCCCUCGUCUCACCGCCCUCACCGCCUCCGACUCUCAGAAACCCUUCCCGUCCCGCAUACCCUGCUCGUCGCUGACGGAUAUCCACCUCAUCGGCUGCUGGCACGUCAUGAGCGGGACCCAGCGCGUCAGCGACGUCUGGAACAUGCUCGCGGCCUCCGCCUUCCGGAGCACGCUCUCGCAUCUCCGCCUCUCCGACGUGCGGUUCGGGGACCCGGCCGAGUACCUGCGCGUGCAGCUCGACGUUCCCGUCGAUGCCGUCGACCGCGGUGACGGAACCUCCUCCGAGCCAUCGCGGACCCCCGUGCCGGGCGCCCCCGCCUGCUUCAGACCGGGCACGGCGAGCGAACAGAGGGCGAGCGAGACGGCGGCGAUGCUCCCGAAGCUGAAGCACGUCUGGAUCCAGCCGAAGAGAUGCGUGGGCGUGAGCGAGGGCUGGUGGAAAGCGAACAUGUUGAGCAAUGGCGCGAUGUUGGCGGGACUGACGACAGUGGCCGAGCAGUCUCAGAAGAAGAAGAAUGGCGCGGGCGUUUUGAUGGUGCUUUCGGAAAGCGGCGUGGGCUAUGGAGUCGGGCAGUUGUUGAACGAUUGGUUGAGCUACAUCGGGGGAGAUGCGGGUCCCUGGCUAGGGCUUAGGAGUUGAUAGUGAAUGUUUUCAUCCAUUCGCGAUCAUAUGUAUAACCAGAAUCCCGUCAGAAUUCUGUCCCUAAUACACCAUGAAUGUAUGAUU